GCGGUCAGGUGUUCACCUGCUUCAGGCGGUGGCUGCUGAGGAAAACAGCCUUAAAUGAGCGGAGCUGACGGAAGCAGAGUGUGCUGGCCUCCACGCUGCGUGAAACCGUGACGCCCGUUUUUUAAACUUGCUACAUUUCGGUGAAUUUAUCCGUUGAAUUUUGAGGACGAAGAGGCUCCGCGGACUUCCCGUUUCUGUGGAUCGGUUGCCUCAACAAAGCGACACGAUGCGAGAUGUUCACCUGAGCAAUGGGACGUGUACCAACGGGUCUGUGGUCAUGUUGUGGUGUGGCUCUCAGUCCACAGUGUGUUUGGUCACUGGAGAUCAAACACUGAUUAACACACACCUGAGCAACAGCACACAUUUGACAGAGGUACAGUUAAGCAGCACAUACAACCUGUGGCUGGGCCUGACCCUUGCCCUGUUGUCGGCCUUCUUGAUUGGUGGGAGUGUCAUUCUCAAGAAGAAAGCCCUCCUCCGAUUGGCCAGCAAUGGACACACCAGAGCAGGUGAUGGAGGCCAUGGCUACCUGAAGGACUGGCUGUGGUGGGGAGGCCUGUUAUCCAUGGGAGCAGGAGAAGUCUGUAACUUUGCCGCCUACAUGUUUGCUCCGGCCACGCUGGUGACUCCACUGGGCGCUCUGAGUGUCCUCAUCAGUGCAGUUCUGUCCUCCUACCUGCUGGGGGAGGUGUUGAACGUGGUGGGGAAGCUCGGCUGUCUGCUGUGUGUGCUGGGAAGUGUCCUGCUGGUUAUCCACGCCCCACAGGAACAGGAAGUGACAUCAUUACAGGACAUGACAAAGAAAAUUCUGGAACCUGGUUUCCUGGUGUAUGUGGCGGUGGUGUUGGUGCUGUGCGUGGUGCUCGUGCUGUAUUGCUGUCCUCGGUUCGGUCGUUCCAACAUCCUCGUCUACAUCAGCAUCUGCUCGCUGCUCGGAGCCUUCACCGUGUCCUCUGUGAAGGGCCUCGGCAUCGCCAUCAACACGGUGUUUUAUGAUCUCUCCGUCCUUGCUAAUCCUCUCACCUGGAUCUUGCUGCUCACACUCAUCAUCUCCAUAGUAACACAGGUGAACUACCUGAACAAGUCUCUGGACACCUUCAACACCCUGAUGGUCUAUCCCAUCUACUAUGUUCUCUUCACCUCCGUGGUUCUGUCCACCUCCAUUAUCCUCUUCCAGGAGUGGAGGAGCAUGUCGGCCGUGGAUGUCGUCACAACUCUGGGAUCCUUUGUGGUCAUCGUGGUGGGCGUGGCCAUGCUGCAUCUUUUCAGAGAGCUGCAGAUGACGAUGAAGGAGCUAACCAAUCAGCUUUCUCAGCCAGUGGAGCAGGAGGGGCUUAACCAGGAGGUUGCAACCAAUGGAAGAGGAGGGGGAGGCGGAGGGAGGAGUAAAAAGGAGGAUAAGUACGGGUUGAUGGACAACAUGGUGAUCGAGAGUCUUCCUCCGAUGAGAGAAGAGGGACCGAGAGUCUUCAUCAUCAGCUGAGUGGGACAGGAGGAGGAGGAGGAUGGAGACUCGGGUUCUGACUGUUACUUUAAAAAGAAACCUCCUGAUCUAGUCUGACAGCGAUCCAGUUUAACUCAGUCACACGGCGCCGUCAGGGGCACCAAUGUCCUCAGUUACACUUUGUCAUUUCAUGCACUUCACAGAGCAAAAAUACAUUCGUUUUAUAUUCUUCUAAAAUUAAUAUUAAUGAAAAGGAACCUGAAAAAAGUUUAAGGAGAUGCAAAAUUAGUUAAUUUUGCCCCUCUUUGCUUUAGUGCAGUCUACAAAGAGACUCAAUGCAACAAAAAGUAGAUACAUUUCAAAAAGUCUCCAAACAAGAAAAAGAAGUGCAGCUGUUUUCCUGCUGCUUUCCUCAGAGCUGUGAGUGAAUGAAGGAGCCUUCAGUCAGAUUAUUAUAUAAGAGACAUCUGACUGCAUUUACAGCCAGCUUCCAUUCCUGAACACUUGAAUAUAAUCGUGUUUUUAUGGCUGAUGUCACUUUUUUGUAACCAAAUCCAUGAAAAGAGCAGAACAGACGCUGUGACCCUCCACACCUCCUGCAGUGUCUGAUGAUCAGCUGUGACAGGGCUGAAGUUGUAGACGUGUUUCCAUCUGACACCAGCUUUUGAAUAAGUGAUAACAUCAGCAUGUUUUAGGUCUCACACACACCCCGGCAGCCUGCAGACACUGGUUUUAAUUUUAUAUGAGUCAGUGAUGACGUGCUGAAACAAAGUCCCUUUUUUAAAAUAUCAACCUUAUUAGUUCUUGUCAGGAGGGAUGAAGCAGUGUGAGUCAGCAUAUUUACACAGCAGUGCACAGGCGUGUCUUCAUAGAAGUUAUUUACCCAAAGAUCAACAGACCUGACGACAUUCAUUUAUUUCAGUUUGUUCCUCUUAAACCAAAAUUAUUAAUGCAUCAAAUUAAAUAAGCUCUCAAAAAUCAUAAAAGCUUUAAACCGUGUCCCAGCAGAACGUUUCAUUAUAAAAACAUAAUCCGUGUUCAGCCGUCUAAUGUUGCUGGUGGCCUUUUAAUCUUUUCAUCUCCCCCUGCUGGCAGUAACAGUAAUUACACAAACACUGCCCACAUCAGCUUCCCAGCAGGGCUUUAUUUUAACUGUGAACACCAAGAGCUCCGCCCACAUGCUGUUCAAAGCUUCUGUUUGCAAGAGAGGGAUACUUUAUUGAUCCCAAAGGAAAUCAGGGAUGAUCUGUCAAUCAGUUUGGUGAAAAAAACAAAUGUAGCAAAUGUGACUUUUCAAGAAUAAUAUUUCCACUUUUUUCACUUUUUAAACAUCAUUUUUAGACUGAAUGGGCUUUAUUACACAUCUAGACAGCAGUAAUACUUAAAUUUUAUACAUGUUAAAUUUGACUGUUGCAGCUCUAAAUGUGUCCCACCAGUUUUGUUUCAUUUGCUGUUAUCAGUGACUGAGAGGUUCGGCCCAUUUGUUUAAAGGUAAUGAAAACUUUGACCGCUGUGCUGGAUGCUGUCGAACUAGAGGCCCCGAGGAGAGAAACACAGGAUGUUUUUUUAUUUCUAUUUUUUUCUAAUGGAAGGAAAAACAACGGUAUGAAGGAAGCAGGCGAGCGCCUCUGACUGACAUGUUCAACUCUCUCUGCUGAUGGCUGAAGUCAAUGAAGCAGGCAGACAAAUGUGAUGCACCCCGACCAUCAUCGUGUGUGCCGACAGCUUUAACCUGGCACUCUGUUAUUAAAGAACGCUGGGGGGGGGCAAAAAGAGACAAACUAUCAAUAAAGUUGGAGGGGCAUCAACUGCAGUUGAAAUCGGGCCUGAUCGAGCAUCAGGCUGCAGCUCAUAAUUAAUUUAGUGUUCUUGCUUUAACCUGCAAACACUUUUGUCUGCUCUCUUUGGCCCGUUGUGUGUUUGAAUGUCCUCAUGAAUCAUUGUGGUCAUGCAAACACUGACUGCAGUGUGUUUGCUGCUGGAGACGUUUCAGCUUAUGAAGCUCAGAAGAACAAAAUAUCCAAAGUCAUGAAACUGCUUAAAGGAACAUACCGCUGCUUUUUAAAAUCAGGUUUUACUGUUUUUAGUUAUUGUCUGUUUUGCUA